AUGGCAACCUCAAGAACUAGACUGUCUCCAGGAACCCUUAAGCAGGCCCUUCCCUUGGAGGGUGCAGCGGCUCGCUCUGUCGGGCAAGGCCGAGAUGCCAUUAACAGGCUACUGUCUGCUCCAUUCCCUCUAGAGCAUGACUAUCUCGCACCAAGUCCAAAACUUCUGGUCAUUAUUGGGCCAUGUAGUAUUCAUGACCCAGAUGCUGCGAUGGACUACGCAAGACGGCUUGCUGUCAUAGCCGAAAGACAUCGCGGCCAGCUGUUGAUUGCUAUGCGUGUGUACAUUGAGAAGCCACGCAGCACUGUGGGAUGGAAGGGCCUCGUGCAUGACCCAGAUCUGACGCAAGGAAAUGGGAAUCUUGCCAAGGGCUUGCAAGUCUCACGAGAGAUCAUGCUGCGUGUAGCAGAGCUAGGCUUGCCCGUCGUUACGGAGGUGCUAAGCCCGUUUGUGCUACCGUUUCUAGAAGAUGUAUUGGCCUGUGGAAUUAUUGGUGCCCGCACAACUGAGAGCCAGCCACACCGCGAAGUCGCCAGUGAUGCGCCCAUGGCCAUUGGGUUCAAGAAUGGCACAGAUGGCACGCUGGGUGUAGCCCUGGAUGCCAUGCAGGCAUCUGCACAGAGCCAUACUCUCGUUGCAGUAGAUGAUGAGGGAUUCCUCAUUGAGCGACUGAGUACGGGUAAUCAAAAUACCUUCGUUGUCCUCCGCGGCGGCAAAAGUGGUCCCAACUUCAGCCGCGCGCACAUCCAGCAAGCUGAAGCUGCGAUGCGCAAGUCUGGUCAGGAGGUGCGACUGGUCGUAGACUGCAGCCAUGGAAACUCAAUGAAGGAUUAUCGAAAGCAACCGAUUGUGGCAGCAGACCUUGCCCAGCAGAUAGCUGAUGGAAUGCCAAUCGCUGGUGUUAUGCUUGAAAGUAAUAUUCAUGCAGGCCAGCAAAGCAUUGCGACGGAGGGACUCAAAUAUGGAGUCAGUAUUACCGAUGGCUGCAUCAGUUGGGAAGAGACUGAGCGAGUGUUGGAUAAUCUCGCAGCUGCAGUCAAAAUGAGAGAGGCAAGUGCUCUGACACAGCCAGUCCCUCUCAAUUUGUCGUCAUUGCAUCAGUCAAAUGCGAAGCUGGAACCUAAUGUUUCUAUUGUUGAGCUUUCGUCCUGA